AUGUACUACCACUACUGGUACUAUAAGAGGUAAGGAGUUUAGUCGAUAGCAUUUCCUCGACCAGUCAUUGGAACACAGUUCCUAUUCAUGAAAUCCUGCAUGAAACUUGACUAAUAUAGCAGAUUUCCUCAUAUUGAGUACUGGCAUGAGCAUUUCGGACCAAAACUACCAAAGAUUUUCUUAGAUUUCAGAUCCCCUUGUGGAGCAAUAAUUGUUUCUUGCCCAAAGAUGGUGAAUGAGUUGUACGUUACAAAGAAUAAAUACUUUGAUCGUCAUUACAGAGAGAAGUAAGUGGGAGAACUUGUAAUCGGAGAUUCCAUUCUGUUUUAAAAAAGCAGCAUAUAAUGGGCAGAAAAAAGAAAACAUAUUUCAACAGUAUUUUACAAAGAAAGACUUUAAAUGAUCCUAAAUACGAUUACAGAAAUGUGCUUAAAACAGGUUUAGAGCUGGAAAUAGACAUUUGCAAACAGAAGAGACAUUUCAAUGGAUAUUAAUAAGGAGAUUCUAGAUAUGUUAAUGGACGAGACGCAAGUCUGUGUAUUUGGAAUGGAGUAUUUAUACAAAAAAUUUACCUAUCUUGAAAAUGGAAGUUUAGUUGAGAUAAGUGUAGGGGAAGCAGUUCGAAGAAUAUUUAGGACAGCUCUAAGACGCUUGUAUGGACCAAUUAGAGAAUUGUUCGAGUUUUGUGACCAUUUUUAUUUGACUGAUUGGGAAAAAGAACUAAAGACUAAUGUAACAAACUUCAGAGUGUUUUUAUUAGGCAUAGUCAAUGAAAGGAGAGAGGCUAUGCUAAAGCCUGAAUUCGUCAACAAUGGAGACUUUGUUACUCUACUUUUGACACUAGAUCUCUUCAAGAACGAUGAUAAGAUGAUAUUGGAUGAGUGUGUUGGCUUUAUGAUUGCUUCAACCAAUGCCACAUCCCUCCUAAUAUCAAAUACUAUUUAUUAUCUUACUUAGUUCAAGGCCCAAGGUCACUUGAACUAAAUCAGAGGUGAAUUUAAAAAAGUAUUUAAGAGGGAUAAUUUCUAAGACUUGACAGCAGAUGAUUGGAAAGGGUUAUUAAACUUUGAUAAUUUUGCUGAUAUGCCAUAUCUUUCAAACUGCAUCAAUGAGACAUUGAGAAUUGAUAGUCCUCCAAUAUCAUUUGGAAUAGAACUAACGGAACCAAUCGAUCUUCUAGGAUACAAGAUUUUAAAUGACCAUCCUGUAAUAAUUAACAUUAAUGCAUUGCAUUACAAUGAUGAGGAAUGGUAAGAGCCGAAUGAAUAUAUUCCAUAGAGAUUCGAUCCUCAAAGUAAAUAUUUCUUAACGCCAGCAGGAAAGAAAAGACAUCCUAUAAGUUUUACCCCUUUCCUUGGAGGUAAGAGAGUUUGCCUUGGUAAAACUUUUGCGGAGCAUAUAACAAGAUACUAACUUGCUAUUAUUCUGUCUCAGCUUGACUUCGAGUUUACAGACUAGCAUCUGUAUGAUAAAAAGCCUAAGAAUCAUGCAGGAUCAGGAUAACCAGUCUAUUCAGCAUAUAUAACUCUAUAAAAUUGA